AUGAAUGGAAAAUAAAAAUAAAAAGCAUUAUUUUAAAAUCUUUUUUACAUUAUGGGUCAAUCUUGUGGAUGUUAAAAUAAAUUAUUUGAAUCUGCUUAAAUAGUAACACCCUCAAACAUAGAGCCUUAUCCAUAAUCAAGAAUUUAAAAUGACAAAGAAAAUAAUAAUGAUGAGAUUUAUCAUUUAGAUUCAAAAUCAUCUCAAUUUACAGAAUUUGAUCCUAAAGUAAAUUGAUUUUGUUUAUUAAUAAGCCAAUGCAAUUUUUUACACUAUAAAUUUCAAAAGAGUUAUACAUCUAUUAUCAAUUUCUAUGUGAUUCAUUAAAUACUGCAAAUUAAGCACUUAGAAAGAAAAUUUUUGAUAUAUGUUGGGAUAUUCAAUACUAUAUCAGGACUGCUACUAAUAAUUUUCAAUACAAUAAAAUGGAUUGGUAAAAUUUCAUAAAAAGUGAUGAAAGAAAUUUAAUACUAAAUUUUUUUAAUUUAUAAAACGAACAUAAAAACAAGGAUUAUAAUGGUAAAUAAAUUGUUAGCAAGUGUAGAUUUGGUCAAUCAGAUUUUGAAGAGUGGCUUAAAAAAUAUAAAAUAGAAUUUUAAAGAUAAUCAAUUUAUUCAAAAUGCUUAGAGCAAUUAUGAAUAGAUAUCAUUCAUCAAUUCAUCAAAUUAUAUUAAUUUUUUUUUAGAUAUAUAAUCAUUGAUUAACAAAUAAUAAUAAAACGAG